UGCAGUGUUAAUAGCCUUCUUUGUUCUCCGCUUGUAUUAAAUGCAUUUUCACCCCCAAGUCCUGAAAAUUGACAAGUCUGUCACAUCCAGCCGUCGAGGGAAUACAUGCAGGAAUAGAAGACUUUCCUGAACACACAGAUAUUUCUAGAAUUUCUAGAAUAUGUUGCUGCUGCUGACCAAACGGCGCCCAUCAGUGUCCAUGCUGUCCAGAGACGGGGCUGGAGCAUCAUCCAGCAUCACAUGCCGCUGUACCUGCUCUCAUCCAACAUGAACUAGUGUUUGGACCUGACGUCAGCCGUCACCGCCCUGCUGCCUGCCUGCCUGCCUGCCUGCCUGCAGUCUCCCAGCCAACAGAUGAUGAUGGAGACGGGAGAAGAAGCGGCCUCCCUGUGAAUCUCAUCCGGUGGAGGAUGAAGAGUAGGAAUUAAGGCGCACGAAAGUGAGCUAAGUGGCGGAAUAAAAAGAAACACUUUCGGAAGGGAACACCUUUCACAUCUGGUACCGGAAGAGAUGCUCCACAGCAGCUGCAGCAGCAGCAGCAGCCGAGCGAGAGGGAGCGGCGAGCUGUGCCGCUCCGGUCGGGGUGUUCCUCCUCAGUUUGGCAGAGGGAAGACAUCCUCUGGGUAAAUAUCACCGACACGCCAACAUCACCACGGAUGUUAGUAAUAAAGGGGAAGAAAUACCUUUAAUAGGGUGGAGCUGCGGUUUCUUUAAUAAAUGAUGAGCUCGUCACUCUCAGCCUAAUUGUGGACGUUGUUAUUUAUGUCCGGCAGACAUUGUUCCCGCUGAUACUCAACCUCAGCGCCUUGUUUUUGUGUCUAAAUAAUGACACAGGUGAUGUUGUGUCACCGGACGGACCGUCAAAGAUGAUGGCUGCGGGCUGGUGCGGGACUACCCCGAGCGUCAAAAUAAAACGCCCAGAGAGCGGCUCUCCAUGGAGGCUGUUUAUGCAAUCCGACGCAGUGUUGCAAGUGGGCUGAUUUGAUGCUACUCUUCCACAGCUUCCAUAUGAUAUGAUCCCCAGAACUGCCAGGCCUUAAUGUUUCUGUGAAAUAAGCUCAGGCCUUUGUGGAAGUGGUAGAGCUAUCAGUGUGCGAGGAGGAUGCUCUGAAUAAGGCGGCCCUGAUUUCUGGAUUUAAGGCAUAAAAAAGCUGGGAAUCAAAGCCACCAUGUCGAAAGUUGUCAGUAACAAGGAGAAGAAAUCCUUCAGUAAAAAGCUCUUCCGGAGGAGCUCGGUCCGCUCCGUGGGGAGCUUUAUGAACAGAGUUCUCCGGACUCUCUCCACUCUGUCUCAUUUCGGCACCGACGAGCAGGCCGCCGAGGAUGAGAAGGACGACGCGGGUUCGAUUCCCAACACCACCGGGGGGUCGGUACCGUCAGACGACAGCGACUGUGGGGGAUUCCCGUUCGGGGACAGAGUACCAGGUGUAGCCGGGCUCAAAAACCACGGUAACACCUGCUUUAUGAACGCUAUCCUGCAGUGCCUGAGCAACACGGAGCUGUUCGCGGAGUACCUGGCUCUGGAGCAGUUCAAGGGGGCAGAGAUCACCACCACCAUCACCACCACCACCACCACCACCACCACUACUACCAGCAGCAGCAGCGACAAGGCCAAGUCCAACGGGGUGCUGGUGCAAAAGAAAGGGAGCCAGCAGCAGCAGGAUUCCGGGGAGGUGACCGAGCAGCUGUCCGGGCUAGUCCGGGCUCUGUGGACCUUCGAGUAUACACCUCAGCACAGCAGAGACUUCAAGAAUGUGGUGUCCAAGAGCGCCCUGCAGUUCAAGGGAAACUCCCAGCACGACGCCCAGGAAUUCCUGCUCUGGUUGCUGGACCGAGUUCAUGAAGACCUUAACCACAUUGUCCAUCCUGAAAUCAGACCUCCCAGGAAGCCGCCAGUAGAAGAAGAAAAUCCACCUGAAGGCUCUCCACUACCAGCACCGGGCUCUUUUGUACAGGAGUUGUUUCAGGCACAAUACAGGUCCUCGCUGACCUGCCCUCACUGCCAGAAACAGAGCAACACCUUUGAUCCUUUUCUCUGCAUCUCACUGCCAAUCCCGGUACCUCACACCCGGCCGCUGUAUGUGACCGUGGUGUACCAAGGAAAGUGCUCCCACUGUAUGAGAGUCGGGGUGGCGGUGCCUCUUUCUGGCACCGUGUGCAGGCUGAGACAAGCUGUGGCACAAGAGACCAAAAUCCCGGCUCAACAGAUUGUCCUCACUGAAAUGUACUUUGACGGUUUUCACCGCUCCUUCUGUGACGAUGAUGAUGACCUCGAGAUCAUCCAGGAGAGCGACUCAAUCUUUGCCUUUGAGACACCUGAGCUCUUCAGACCGGAACAGAUCCGCUCCAAGCGAGGCGGGAGCCCACAUGCCAAUCUGAACCAGAACAACCUAAAGUAUGGCACAGAUAACAACAGGAUAUCUACACAAAUACAGGAGCCAACAACCCCACCUCAGAGUCCCAACAAGAACAGUGGGCAGGCUGAGAAGAUCGUCCUGUUGGUGUGUAACCGAGCCUGUGCUGGACAGCAGGGAAGAAGGUUUGGUAAUCCAUUCAUCUUGUAUUUGGAGCGAACAGUGACAUGGGAUGUACUUCAGAAAGAGAUACUGGAGAAAAUGCGACAUCUUUUGCGCCCAGGAGUUUUUGUGCAGGUUGGGCCCUUCACUCUGCGAGUGGUAGGAGUGGUUGGAAUCACUUAUCUCUUACCUCAGGAGGAGCAGCCUCUCUGCCAUCCCUCUGUGGAGAGGGCGUUUAAGUCUUGUGGUCCUGGAGGUCCCCCUCAUGUCAAAAUAGUUGUCGAAUGGGACAAGGAGACAAAGGACUAUCUGUUCAAAAGAACCGAGGAUGAAUACAUCCCAGAUGCUGAAAGUGUGCGGCAGGUGAAGGAGCAGCACCUGCAGCCUCAGACCUGCUCCCUGGCCCAGUGCUUUCAGCUCUACACCAAAGAGGAACAGCUGGCUCCUGAUGAUGCCUGGAGAUGUCCCCACUGUAAGCAGCUUCAGCAGGGCAGCAUCAAGCUCAGUCUGUGGACCCUGCCUGACAUCCUCAUACUCCACCUGAAGCGCUUCAGACAGGAUGGGGAUCGGCGAAUGAAGCUGCAGAACAUGGUGAAGUUCCCUCUCACUGGCAUGGACAUGGCACCCCAUAUGGUGAAGAGGAGCCAGAGCAGCUGGAGCCUCCCCUCCCACUGGUCACCAUGGAGACGGCCUUAUGGGAUGGGCCGUGACACCGAGGACUACCUUUAUGACUUGUAUGCAGUGUGUAACCAUCACGGGACCAUGCAGGGGGGGCAUUACACAGCCCACUGUAAGAACUCCAUUGAUGGGCAGUGGUACUGCUUUGAUGAUAGUGAUGUUCAGCCCAUAGCCGAAGAUGAGGUCUGCAAGCCAACUGGCUACAUCCUGUUUUAUCAAAGGCGUGCUACAGUCCCGUCUUGGUCUGCCAACAGUUCUGUAGGAGGAUCCACUAGCUCCUCUUUGUGUGAGCACUGGAUUAGUCGGCUGAUGGGAAGCCGUCCGCCAAGCCAAGCCUCGUCUGGUUCCUCCAGACGCACCUCGCUGGCGUCUCUGUCAGAGUCUGCGGAGUUUGCUGGUGAAAGGAGUGAGGAUGAUGGUUUGUCGAGCCGACAGGCAGUGAGAGGCAUGCAAAGACAAACUUUCUCCUCCAGAUCUUCCAUUGCCAGCCCACUUGUGCUAAGCGAAAAUGGUGCCAAACCAUCCUGGCCGCACUCCGCUAAGCUCCAACUCCGCUCCAACUCCCCGUCACGCUUCUCCCUGGAGUCCCACUCCUCCUCCCCGACCCUGGAGAUGAUAGGAGAGGUGGUGGAUAACUUCCCUGGGUCACCGAAACCGGACAAACUGUCAGGGGGACGGUCGGCCCUUGCAGCUCUGGAUAGUAAUCUGGGCAGCAGGAGGUUAAUAGAGCAGGUUCACUCCAAGGCUGUGGCCCAGGCAGAGCAGAGGAGCUCCGUCCAGGCCAGGGAGAACAACAAUGUAGUCGCAGCUGCUGAACAGGUCAGUCCUCGACAUGGGGCGGCAGCGAAGGAGCAGAAACAAAGAAAUGGGGCUGCGGAUAGUGCUGGUGUUAAAAGGACCUCAGUAAAGACGGGGUUAGAGAGCGAAAGGAGUCCCAAGAAGCGCCCUGCCACCUCUUCUACAUCCUCCAGCUCCUUGUCUCCUGCAUCCCCAGCUGUUGACAAGUUACCAUCCCGAACACAGACCAAAAGUACGGCAUCAACGUCCAGCCCCAAGGACAAGAAUGAUGGUGCAGCUAAAGCUAGCAAAGCAAGUUCCUCGAGAACGGCAACCCCCUCUAAGAAAAACUCCUCUCAAACCCCAGAGGUGUUACGUCCUGAUUCUGCCCAACAGAGGAAGAGCGGCUCUCCAGGAUCGCAAAGCUCACACCCUCCACGAAGGACAUCACCAAGGGCAGGAGGCGAGAAAGGCUCGGCCUCAGGAAGGACUAAAGCAGCAGAUAGGAGCACUAGUAGGGACUCCACAAGGGCCAAUGUGGUCACAGAGAAGAAGGCAAGCGCUGGAGGUCCUCCCUCCAGGUCAAGUGCAGCGAGCAGAGCAGAGAGCAGGCCGGGUCGCGGUGCCGAGAACAGACCAGUGGGUCGGAGCUCGAGCAGCAGCUCUUCUAUGGCUAGUCUCAGAUCUUCGAGUGUAGGUGGUCCCUCUGCGAGUGCAGCCCCGCCAUCGAGAGGGCCUCGAAGGAACAGUAAAACAGAGGAGAAAGGUUUAUCCUUUUUCAAAACUGCUCUGAGGCCCAAAGACGCACGUAAAGCAGGGGACGUAGGGAAGACAGGGGCGGGGGAAGCUAAGGUAAGUCCAGAGGAUGGUAGCGGAGAUGCAGCAAGAGAAGGAGCAGGUAAGAAAGCCCAGAACGUUGCCUCGGAGGCUAACGUGAACACAGCCAAAGACAAGGAGUCCUCGAAAGCGUCUGCAACAGCAAAGCACUCGCUGCUGCCCUCCACAAGGUCCAAGCUUUCUGGAGCUGAAACAAACACCCAGCAGUCCCCUGCCAACGCUAAAGAGCCUUCAAAGAAAGAGCCUGUGAAAAAGACAAUGCAGUCGAGGAAGAUCCCCAUCAACUCCACACAAACUAGCCAGAAGGCCAAGUGACAUUUUACAGCCUGACAACAAUCUCUCUCUCUCUCUCUCUCUCUCUCGCGCAGCUCUGAGGUGUUUUGACCAUCAAACCCGACAUCUUUAAAGCACCUGUAGCUUUUCAGUGCUGACUGAAAACCAGCUGCCAUACUGGACGCCCACUGUCCAUAUUGUUAAAUAGUUAUUUAGGAAUGGGUUUUAACUAAGCACUUUGUAUGGAUUGCAUUGAUUUUGAGGAAUAUUAUACUGUAUUGUAAAUACGCAUGGACUGCACAUGUAUUGAAAUUAUUGCCUUGUUCUGUCUGUAGCAUAGAGGAGAGAGGGACAUCUCAGUAGGAGGUGGAAGUAAAAGUGACUUUGCACAAAGAUGGAAAGCAAGAUACAUCAAACACGGACUACUCACUCACCAAAGGCAGUUUACCGGUGAUUUUUAACAUGCUGAUGCAGUGAAAUUAUUUCCAAAAGAGUCUUUAUGUACAGCUCUCCUUCAGUACAGAGAGCCAUAUGUCGACAACAAACAUCAGUGCCUCAGAUAAUCAAAGAAGUAUUUAAUCUAAAUUGUAUAACUGCAGAUGUUGGUAAAUUUAUAACUGGAUUUUAAUAUUUAUUAAGCACUGAAAAUGUUGUUUCAAGUAAACCACAAUUAAGCUUAUUUAACCUGAACUGCUGUUUACAUAUGCUCCUUGAUGUAGUAAUUGUGCAACAGCCUUUAAGUAUUUUUGUGCAGAGAAAAAGAUUGUCAUCAAGAGAGGCUGAGGAGAAGUGCAGGAAUGACGCAUGUGUCGUUGGUGUUAAACGUCUGGAGACCUUCGUUUGUAAUGGUCCUUUAAAUGUUUGUGUUAUUAUUUACCUGUAAUAACCUGUUACCCCUCAGACAAAAACAAUCCCACCCAGUCACCAUCUCUGAUCUUCCUCACGAGGGGGGGAGAUCAGCCUCUUCUUCUUCUUCAGACUGCCAGACAUCUCCAAACAUUCCUCUCAGAUGAACACAGGGUUAAUAUAAUGUAAAGAAAAACAAACAAAAAAAACAACACUCUGCACACAGAUGACACAUUCAAAGACAGCUGGGAUGCCUUCGUUUCAAACCAUACAUGUACAUAGAGCACUAUGGUAUGUUUGAGUCAGCCCGUCAUCACAGCUUGUGCACAUCGCCAGCUUGCAUUGCAGAGUAGACCGACACUGAACGCACCGACUCAGACCGAGAUCACCGUCCACGACCUAUACGACAGAUGUUGCAUGAAAAAAAAAAUUUGCUUAUGCAUGCACUGAACUAUGCAAGCAGACUCUUGCUAAUGCCCACACUGAUAUGUAGACGUGCUACUCUUGGAUGUGUAUAUAUUUCUACAACUGUAUAUUUUUCCAAAAUGCCAGCAUCAGAGAGCAUGUAAAGGCAUCCUUUAUUAAAGCUUUGUUUGCACAUUUCUUCAAAGUAAUAUAUACAUUUUGUAUGAAUGAUAAGUAUUGCUCAUUCACCCUCAACAAAGUAAAUCAACUCACUUUGA